UUAUCAAAGAAUUAAAAGUACAAUAUCACAAGGAUGAUUCGUGUUAUUUAGAACAUGUUUAUCGGUGAUAAACCAACGCACUGCCGUUCGAUAGCAAACACUAGUCUUGGUCUUCAAUCACGAAGGAAAUUAGCUUCGAUUUCGACAUGACUGUGAAAUAAUGGCUUCGGAAUAUUGUGUAUUUCUUUAAGGUAAUGGCGCAAUGGAUGGUUCCACAGUAGAAGAAGUGCAGUUUGAAUCGGACGCUACCGUGAUCAUAUUUACCGUACUUUCAACAUUAUUGUGUGCAAUAUCAGUACUUACAAACUCCCUGACGACCAUAAUUGUUAUAUAUCUUCCAAAGCAAACGCCGUUCUCGAAAUUAUUUGUAAAUCUUGCGAUUUGUGAUAUUCUCGGAACAUUUGCAAUCUAUAUAGGAGAUGGAUUCUACAGAGCGGGGAUACAUUGGAAUUUGUUGAGCUUGGAAAGACUUAAUUCAAUAUUUAUAGUUGCUGGUAUAUGCUUUAACCUGCUCUUUCUAACUUCAACCGUAACAUUGCUCGUGUUUGCAAUCAUGCGUUUUAUCGCAAUCAAAAAACCGCAUUUGUUUAAGUUAUACUUUGCAAGUUCAAAGAAAAUUCUUAUCUAUAUCUGUCUAUGUUGGAUAAUUUCUACUUGUGUGGCAUUUCCAAGCAUAAUCUGCGAAUAUACCGCAAAAGAAAAAUGUGGAGGAAUCCACAAACAGAGUCAAAACUCAAGUAACUUCUUUAAUACAACCUUUCAAAUCGAGGACAACCUCACAAACUUUCUAAUCGAGGACAACCUUACAAACUUACAAAUCAAUGACGUCACAAUUAACAAUAUUACUGAUGAGCAGCAGCAGUCAUGUCCAACCGAGGCAGCAUAUGUAGUCUGCUACCAAUGGAAGUAUAGUUGGGCCGUUGGAAAAGGUCUCAUCCUUAUUAUCAUAGUGCUUUUGUAUAUCUACGUGUCUCGCGAUUUAUUUAAAAGGUGCGGGUCAUUUCGAGACGAAGACUGUGCAAUGAGAAAUAGGAGAAAUGACCAACACGCCUUUAUCACCAUAGUGAUACUUAUAGUGACGAUGGUGUUGUUAGGGGUACCCUACAUCAUAGUCAAAGUUUACAGACGAGCUGUUUUUAGCCAAACAACUAUUGCAGUUUAUCAUCAUUUUAUAACAUACUUUCCAUAUAUUAAUUUUAUCCUAGAUCCGCUUGUAUACAGCAUACGAUCGCCAGAUAUAUAUGCCAAGUAUAAGUCCGUCAUUGACCAAAUAUCAUGUAAACAACGGAACCAGAGAACCGUGCAGAACGCUUAUGAGAUCGUUUCCGGGACUCACAAAGGAAAUGUCCCUAUCGCAACUGAACUUAGACAAGUGAAUUCUCUUUAACAAUUGUCAUGAUUUGUCAAAAAGUCAUCGUGUUUUUAAAUAUUGUUCAUGAUCACAGUCUAUGUACACGAGCUUAAUCAUUGGUCAGGAUUGUUGGGUUUGUUUAAUUUUCUUGAAAUGUAGAUGAAUGUUUAUUGAUACUAUGUAUUAAAUUAAGUGUUCUAACUCCAAUUAGUUUUUGAUAUAGGGCUCUAUAUUGCGUUAUUUGUUGAUCACCCCUUGUAC